ACUCAAGCCCGACAUUGCUGCACCUGGCGUCAGCAUCUUGGCAGCGGACCGCGACUCCUACGUGUUCAAAUCCGGGACAUCCAUGGCGUGCCCGCAUGUCUCCGCUGUGACCGCACUGCUCAAGUCGGUUCACCCUGGCUGGUCACCUGCCAUGAUCAAGUCUGCCAUCGUCACCACAGCAUCUGUGACUGAUCGUUUUGGCAUGCCAAUCCAAGCAGAAGCGGUCCCAAGGAAACUAGCUGACCCCUUCGACUUUGGUGGUGGACACAUAGACCCAGAUAGAGCUGUUGACCCUGGCUUGGUUUAUGACGUGGAUGCAAGAGAGUACAACAAGUUUUUGAACUGCACUCUUGGAUAUUUAGAUGGUUGUGAGUCCUACUACCUCAAUCUCAACCUCCCGUCAAUUGUCGUGCCGGACCUCAAGGACCAUGUCAUGCUUCGGCGCACUGUGACUAACGUUGGGCCAGCGGAAGCAACAUAUCAUUUAGUGGUUGAAGCUCCAGCAGGUAUAGAUGUGUCGGUAGAACCAUCUGUGAUUACUUUCACCAAAGGAAGCAGUAGAAGCGCAACAUUUAUGGUGACAUUCACCACAAGGCAGAGAGUGCAAGGAGGAUACACUUUCGGGAGCUUGACAUGGUCAGACGGAAGUACCCACUCAGUUCGAAUUCCAGUUGCUGUAAGGACUGUGAUACAAGACUUUGUUGCGGAUACCGCCUAAACUCGUAUCUUGUUAUUGUAAACCUUCUUUGUGUAUUCAUGUAGGCCGCAUACAAAAAUGUAGGAGAAACACUCCGUAUCGAAUUUAUACAUCAUAAAAAAAUGUUAAAUAAAAA